AUGGGUUAUUUGUAUUUUUCACCAUUAGUGAAACUAUUACUUUGUUUCACUAUUCCAUUGAUUUUGCUUACUGUUUUUAUUUCAUUCAACAAAGGAAUAACUCCCAAUCUUUCAUUUUCAUUGUUGUCGUCGAAAACUUCAUCAAUUAGAGUUUCUACCAAAGAUUUGAGGUUAAGGAUCGAUGGCGAAAUAGGAGGAAUAACAAAGGAAGCUAAUGUUGUAGCAGAGGACUAUUUCUAUCUACACCUCAUAAUCUUACUAAGUAGGUUUCGUGAACAGGAUGGAAACGAGACUUCAGUAAUAGUGAAGGAGGAGAUGAGCCCAAAUUCCAAUGAUAUCUUUGAUGAAACACAUGCAAAUGCUUCUCCUUCUCCCACAAUGAUAGAAGAGAAGGUUGCUAGUGAUAUAGAUAAGCUUGAAAUAGGACUACAAAAGGUUCGAGCAGCAAUCAAGGAAGCUAAGUAUACAACAAAUCGUACGUAUCAAGAUCCCGACUUUCAGCCCGUCGGUCCGAUUUAUUGGAAUGCCAAUGCUUUUCACAGGAGCUACAUAGAAAUGGAGAAACGGUUUAAGGUGUUUGUUUAUGAGGAAGGGGAAUCCCCAUUGUUCCACAAUGGUCCUUGUAAAAGUAUAUAUUCAACUGAAGGGAACUUCAUACACCAAAUGGAAGUUAAUGAUCAAUUUCGAACCAAGAACCCUAAUAAGGCUCAUGUUUUCUUUCUCCCAUUUAGUGUCACUAUGAUGGUUCACUAUCUUUAUCAACCGGAGUUGCGAAGUUUUGAUUUCAUAAAACAUACUGUUAUAGACUAUAUUGACGUUAUUUCUAGCAAAUAUCCUUUUUGGAAUCGAAGUCUUGCAGCUGAUCACUUUAUGCUCUCUUGUCAUGAUUGGGGUCCAAUAGCAUCAUUUUCGGUCCCUUACCUAAAGGAGAACUCAAUUAGGGUCCUAUGCAAUGCUAAUACCUCCGAAGAGUUUCAACCUCGGAAAGAUGUUUCCCUACCCGAGAUCAACCUCCAACCGGGGCCAACGAGCACGUUCAUUGGAGGCUCAUCCCCUUCAAAUCGCUCCAUCUUGGCCUUCUUCGCGGGUGGGAAUCACGGGCCCAUUAGGCCCUCCCUCCUAGAGCAUUGGGGGAACAAAAGUGAUGAAGAUAUGAGAAUCCACACAUACCUCCCACAAAAUGUCUCCUAUUAUGAUCUUCUUAAAAAUAGUAAAUAUUGCCUUUGCCCUAGUGGUUAUGAGGUGGCGAGCCCUAGGAUAAUAGUUGAAGCGAUCUACACUGGGUGUGUGCCGGUUCUUAUAUCCGACCACUACGUACCACCAUUUAGUGAUGUGUUGAAUUGGAAGGCCUUCUCGGUUGAGGUCGCAGUCAAGGACAUGCCGAACCUGAAAACGAUUUUAUUGAGCAUUUCUAGGGUGCGACAUAUGAAGAUGUAUAGAAGAGUGCUUCAAGUAAGGAAGCAUUUUGAAGUGCAUUCACCUCCUCAACAUUAUGAUUUUUUUCAUAUGAUAUUACAUUCAGUUUGGCUUCGGAGAUUAAAUGUGCAAGUUCAUGAUCAUCAAGAGUUGUAA